GCAGAAAGAGAGACUGCGGUAAAUAUGAGUGAAUUACACAUGCAAAUAAGACGGAAACAACACAAAAGAUCAGUUUUUGGGUUCAAUUGAGUCAUUGUGCAAUGUCUUUUGGAUUUUUUUUUCUCAUCUUGUAACUUUUUCAAUCGCCUAUUUUAUCAUUUUUCUGUAUCCGAGGCAAAUAUUGAAGCGACUUUUCUUCCAUUUGUCGUUGUUGCAUCACGACAUCACGAUCUGUGAAAAACUUUUGUGCAUUUUAUUGGUUUCUGAGUGCUCAACUGGAGUUUUUAGUUUUUUUUUUCAUGGAUUUUGUGCUAGUUGUGAGAGAAUUUUUGCCCAAAGAACGUCGCAAUUGCGAGUUUUUGUUAUCACACGGGGGGCAAUUUGUGAAAAUCUUGAAAAAUUGAAGUAUUAAGUGAUGUCUUAUCAGUUGUACCGGCAGACAACAGUUGGACUCGCACUGCAGGAGUCUCUGGAUGAGCUUUUUAAGGUAAUUUAGGUAAUUUUAUGGGAUUUACAUCAAAAUUUUACAUUGAGAUUGAAGAAAAUUUGGAAAAUACUACAAAUUUUCAGUGAAAAAUGCAUUUUUGUGAUUAAAUUUUGAAAUUUGGCAGUUUCUGAUGAAAUAUAUUUAGGCAUAAUUUUUUGAAAUAACGGUUUUGGGCAUUUAUCACUCUUAUUUUAAGAGAAUGUGGAGUUUAUUUCUUAGCACUUUGUAGAAGAAGAAGAAGAAAGUGUUAGAUUUUUUCUGUGUGUUGUGUUGAAUCCAGAAAAAGCAGGAAAUUCUCAUCAUAUUCCUGCUGAUCUGGAGUAUUUUGGGUAGUGAAUCUGCUUGGUAAAGUGAACCAGACAAAAUGUCCUACCAAUUGUACAGAAAUACAACCCUGGGGAAUACUUUGCAAGAAAGUUUGGAUGAAUUGAUUCAGUAUGGACAAAUUACGCCACAAUUGGCCCUCAAGGUGAUCCUGCAAUUUGACAAAUCCAUCAAUGCAGCCCUCUCAAACCGCGUUAAAGCCCGCGUGACGUUCAAAGCGGCAAAACUGAAUACUUACCGUUUCUGCGAUAACGUCUGGACGCUAAUGCUCAAUGACGUUGAGUUCCGGGAAGUUCAUGAAUUUGCCAAAGUGGACAAGGUGAAGAUUGUGGCAUGCGACGGAAAGAAUGCAAUUAUUUCAGACAUGGAAAAUGAUAAGCGAUAAUUGGAAAUCCUCUACGGCAGGGAUCACAUUCCACACAGGAAUAAUCUAAUUGCACUGUAAACAUGUUUAUAAUCUGGUCUUGAUCUUCUUGUGUGUGUCUGCAGCAAGAGGGAAGAGAGUUAAGUUAUAAUGAAUGUGAAAGCACUACAACAAAGUUGAUUUGUAGGUGGGAAAUGGUAUAAAUUAUGAAAAAAUUUUCUCAGUCCUGGACAGAAGAUGCCCAUCAGGAGCCCCUUUAGCCGUUUAUUACAUAAUAAAUUAUGAAUUGAAUUGCCUAAAAAAAAUAUAUUCGUAAAAUGCA